AAGUGAGCCCUCUCUUGACUCACUCCUUCCCAUUGAAGCAUGCAUCCCCCUCGCUCGUUGAUGAGAUUGUGUGAGCGUGCUGUGGUUGACACCUUACCGUAGCAUAAUGACUAUUGGCACCACAGUCAUGUUGCACAGCUUUCGUCGUUUUAACAUACGAGUAUCCGAUGACCUGCUAACUAAGGGGAGACGAGGGUGAAACAGAAGAGGAGUUGAGUGAGUCAUGUUGACCGGACUUGGACCUUGACCCAACGUUAUCGUCAUCGUUACCUCAUUACUAUCAUCGCUAUGGAUAUGCAUGGAUGCUAUUCCUGCAAUAAGUACCGGUAGAUAGAGAGGGAGAUGUGCCGUACUGGACAAUUACUAAGAAUUGUUUCCUGUGGUCACUGUCCUGCUGCCGACCCACAUUUACCCUCGGAUUAUUUGUUGUGGGCGACGUAGAGUAAUCAGAGUAGCUUCCUGUACAAGGAGAGUUGUGAUUGCCACGAGCCAAUAAUUAUGUCGCAGUCAACAUUCGUGCUACAGUUAGCUUUUUGGAGCUGAUCCAAUUGAUGUUUACAGCCCCGGAUUACUUGUCAUCAGCAAUGUUGGUGUAUGAGUCGUAUUGAACUGAGAGUACGUUUGCUUAAUUGGAUCGCCAAUCGGUGCAAGAUAUUAUCGAUGUAAAUUUUUUACUUGGAUGAGUAAGCGAUCAUGGGAUUUGGAUCGAUGCGGUAAUUGUGUGAGACCAGAUGGCGCAAAUCUGCUCAAGACAGGGCGUGCUGGACAUGGAGGUACCGGUGUCGAUAGGGAUGGACACGGUGCCAAAAGCCUCACAGAGGAGAAAGAUACCAGGCCGACCGGUUCGGACGCUUACCCGCUCUGAGCCGUGCAUUGGAACCUCAGCCUGGGUCCAAGGUGCUACGCAAGGUUCGGUGCUGACUGAGAGAACCAACGGUCAGGAUCUUGUCGGCAACACGGACAUUGGUAUGAGACACCUGAAUCCCAGGGGGUGUGGCGGCGUCGGUCCCCCCAGGGCCAGCACCGAAGGGCAGAUACUAGCUGUACAGCAACACCUCGCAUGGCUAGAGGAGAAGCUUCAUGAAUUACAGAAGCUAUCCGAGAAUUCCGAAGGGAAUAAGAACGUGGGACGAAGCAGGGAGGAUCAGGUCUCAUCCAACUACUACUGCAUUACUCAGGGUGUCGACUCCAACCCAGAAACCUCCCAGAGCAACUCUCCAGAAAACGGCGACGACGUUAUGCUCAGACUAAUGAACGGCAAAGAGAACGGACUCUGCUCCAACAACAACAACGGACAAAAGAGGAAAGUGUCGCAAGGGGUGUCCACCACCAAAGCUAUUCCACCGAUGGUCAGAAUUGAUUCUCUGGACGCUCCAAACAACGUCUCCACUGUACUCCUCGGGGAUCGAUACCAGCCCUACGGGGCUACUGUUUCCAACUAUGCAUUCCGAAAUAGGUUGGAUUCAUCCAGUUUAGGGACAGUGUCCUCAAUGUCUCGGUCGCCCUCCCCUCGGGUUCGUCUCCGUGGCCUGGAUCAUACAGAUGCAGCUAGUACCAUAUCAGCUUCUACCUCUUCUAAUCCAUCCCCAACAUCCCAAGACGAACAUAUCCCCAUGCGGCCAAUCGGGUUCGGCCAUGCCAUGUCCAUAUUCGGCCCCGAGGGGGGCAACAUGGUAGGGGAGGACAUCUGGGAGUUUGACGGCUGCGACGAGAACGCCCGAUCCACUUCCACCCACACGCCAUCCGGUGUAGAAUCGCUAAGCUCUGCCGUUACCCCCAACCAGCCUCCUGCAGCCUCAAACUCCCCGUUCCAGAGGCCGCAAGGAAUGGACUGUCUAAACAUUGACAGUUGGAGCUUGGAUAUCAGUAGCGGUGUACCGCCGAGCCCUGCGCUCUCCACCAUGAGUGAUGGCGGUUACCAGGCAAUUAACAGGGUACCAGCAUCCGAGAUCCAAGAGCAUCCAUUAAAGAGACUGAACUCUCAAUCACAAGCUACCGGGACCCCGUCGCCAAGAUCUCUCAAGCCAACUUUCUCUUUCACGUCCUCUAUCCUCUCCAAGGCAAAGGCACGAAUCACAGGACGUGCAGUUAAGAAAGAUCAACGUCUGGUGCAGGAGAUGGGUAACCGCAAAAAGACAUCGUCGGGUCUGAAUAGUCUCUCCUCCGAUAACCCAGGUCUGCUAUGAUAGUCCGGCUCUCAGUUGCAUAGUAGACGUGCGUGUGUGCUCAUAAAAAUACAACAGAUAAACAAAGUUUU